GACAACAGCUUUCAUUUCUUCUACCGUGACUAAGAUGGAAGCGGUCCUGGAGUCGCGGUGUGGCCACUGGGCCGGGGGUCCGGCCCCAGGACAGUUUUACCGCGUCCCGCCCACUCCCUCGUCCCCCUUGGACCCGGGGUCCGCGUUCCGCGGGGAUUCCGUCACGCGGACCUUGAAUCCCAUGGUGACCGGCACCUCGGUGCUCGGCGUCAAGUUCGAGGGCGGAGUGGUGCUCGCAGCCGACAUGCUGGGCUCCUACGGCUCCCUGGCUCGUUUCCGUAACAUCUCUCGCAUUAUGCGGGUCAACGACAGCACCAUGCUGGGUGCCUCGGGAGACUACGCUGACUUCCAGUACUUGAAGCAGGUUCUCGGCCAGAUGGUGAUCGACGAGGAGUUGCUGGGAGAUGGACACAGCUAUAGCCCUAGAGCUAUUCACUCGUGGCUGACCAGGGCCAUGUACAGCCGGCGCUCGAAGAUGAACCCUCUGUGGAACACCAUGGUCAUCGGAGGCUGUGCGGACGGAGAGAGCUUCCUCGGCUACGUGGACAUGCUUGGUGUAGCCUACGAAGCCCCUUCGCUGGCCACUGGUUAUGGCGCAUACUUGGCUCAGCCCCUGCUCCGAGAAGUGCUGGAGAAGCAGCCCGUGCUGAGCCAGACUGAGGCCCGAGAGCUGGUCGAGCGCUGCAUGAGAGUGCUGUACUAUCGAGAUGCCCGCUCGUACAACCGGUUUGAAAUCGCCACUGUAACUGAAAAAGGUGUUGAAAUAGAGGGACCGCUGUCUGCAGAGACCAACUGGGAUAUUGCCCACAUGAUCAGUGGCUUUUAAUGAAAUACAGAUGCAUUAUCCAAAACUGAAGUUGCACCCGUUAAGUUUGAACGUGGCUGGUUCAAAGGUAGAUUUUUGUAAAAUAAAGCAGUUCUUCAAAGUG